AAUGCCAGUCAAUGGUAAUCUUUCUAUGGUUUGUUAAAACGAAGUCCUAAGUCAACUAAACAGCCAAAAUCAAAUUGUAUGGCUUUCAUUUAACUCAAGACUUCUCUUGUAUGAUCUAAAUCAAGUGGAUUCAACUAAAACAUGAACCGGUAGGACCUUAGUGAAGUAGACUAAUCACCCCUGGAUGACACCAGCUGGGACCAAUAAGAAAGCCACAAGUCUUUGUUUGCUGCAAUCUGAAAAUCUGUAGUAUGAUUUUCAGGUCAACUACAGAAAGUUUUUCAGUCUUCUUGUCAUAUAUUUUUUUCCCUCAAUCUCUAUUUGCGAUGUCCAUACCUUCUUUUGCCUCCACAUUUACGGGUAAAAUAGCCUGAUUAAAUCUAACCUGCAGGUUCAACUAUUCUUCAUAUUUGUUAUGGCCCUAAUGAGCUUCCGGCAUUUCCUGUGGUCGCCUCUUGUUCCUCUUAUAUAUUUCACAGUCGUGAUUCCUGUUAAGAUUCAGUCAUUAAGGUACGGAGAUUGUAAUAUUCCAAUAAGAUGUGGGAAUCUUACAGCCGGUUAUCCAUUCUGGGGAGUUGACCGCCCGAGUGGUUGUGGCCAUCCUGACCUGCAGAUCUUUUGUGAGAACGAUAAGCCUAUAAUGAAGAUGAAUGACUUAUUUUACCUUGUUUUGAACGUGGAUGAAAAAGCCCGUAUUCUCAGGAUUGCAAGAGAUGAUUACUUGGGUGGAAUCUGUUCACCUCGAUUUAUUAACACCACCCUCAACCCGGCGCUAUUUAAGUAUACGAAUGAGUAUCAGAUGCUUACUCUACUUUAUGCUUGCCCCAAUUCGACUUCUCUUUCAGGACAUUUCACUUGCUCUUUCACUGGUACCAACAAGAAGGAUGGCUAUAUAGACAUAGGAGGUAAAGGUCCUGAGGCAUGUGAUGCUGGCGUAAAUGUUCCCUUUCCUAGAUCGUUAAUUCUGCCAGCAACGGAGAAUCGGUCAGUUUUGGAACAAGCCUUCCGAGACGGAUUUCAGGUGAAAUGGAAUGUAAAUAUCACGUUUUGUGAGAAAUGCAUCGAAUCUCAGGGAUAUUGUAGUCACGAUGAUUAUUUCGAUGAAGCAAUUUGUUUCUGCCGAAAUGGACAAUUUAGCCGGUCUGAAGCAUGCAACAUCUCGCUGUCCAACCAAGGCUCAAGUGAGUCUCCAGCUCCGGGUGCCAACGGUAGGUUUUGAUCCCUCAAUAAUUGUUUUGCUGCUGGUCCUCCUAAGCUCCACGAUCCAGAGGUCUAUUUUAAAAGUUCUGCUGUUUAAUUUCUGGGUCAUAUUCUGAUUGAAGUAUAUUUUUCUUCUAACUGGAAUUAGUUGAUCAGAAAAAUACGUGCAGCGAAGAUCCAUCCAGGUCUUUAUUCUUUCUU